AUGAACGGUAUAGUUCCUGUACUUCAAGCUGAUCUAUUGAGUUUGCAAUCAAUCGCUCAUGAUACCCAGGAGGUCUUGUCUGAAAUUCUUCGGAAAGUCGAUACCAUAUCUCUUAAAGCAUGCCGACUUGUUUGCAAGUAUUGGAACUGCACUGCAAGCGAGCUCUUGUUUCGCCAAAUCGUUAUCGGCGAAGAGGGGUCUCAACACUUCAUGGAAUUAUUCAGUCACAAACGUCUAUGCGGCUGUGUCAGAGCCAUUACCUUCGAGCAAUCGGAUCCUUUAGUCACAGCAACAGAUUUGCUGCAACUGGACUUCGCCCUGACGGAUUUGAAUGAGGAACGGCGACAGAUGGAUCCUGAACUGGGCAAGUCCAUGCCUCAAGAGCAAUUCAGAGGACUACCAAAAGUGGGACUUGUGUGUCAAGGCGAUGAUGGGAAGUUUUCUAGUAUCCUAGAAUGUGUGAACGAUCCCAAAGCACCGCCAAUUCUCUCAGCCCUGCGAGAAAUUCGAUUGAUCACGGAUGAAGCACCGGACUUUCCGAUGACAGCCUUUCACAAUCUGACGAAGAUAAACAUCGACAUAGAGACCAUAAAGUUGCCAAGCGAAUUGAAAUGGUGGGCUCUGACCGAUGUCUCGCUUAGAGGUUCUAUCGAUAUCGACAACUUAGAAGCAUUUCUCAAAUAUCAUCAUUGCGUUGAGAAAUUGCGCAUAGUCGCUGUGUUACGCCUGGGGCUCGUCGAAAUUUCGCGUAGUCAGAUACACACGCGUCUAAGGGUGGGUUUGGGCUCUAUUAUAGGCAUGAAAGCUAUUGAUUCGGCAAUGAAACAUGCUCAAAAGCGCCCGGGUGUUCUUGAAAGGGACCUACUGGGACGUAUCCGAGGAGGAUUAGCCAAAAGGCCGGAUAGCAGUGUGAUCGAACAGGCGCACCAAGCUAUCGUGGCAACUUACGCGGGACAUUUGGAGUCCGAACGCGAGAGGUUCGUUACCAACAUCAACGAGAUGCGAGAAUCACUUGGCGGACGGGCUCGGCCUGAAAUAAAUGUUUCGAUGGAAUACGUCAAGGAGGACAAACUAGCAAUUCAAGGGGGAAUGCUGGAGAAGUUUGGUUAG